AUUUUUAGGGAUUUUUUUGAAGAGUUAUUGUGCAUGUUGACUCUGUUAGCAUACAUAUUUUUUUGAAGUGGACCUUCUGGAAUGGAUUAAUGACACUAACAGAGGUUCCACUAUACAUAUAAUAUUUACUGCAUAUCUCAGCCUAUAUAAAUCGUUUGGAUCCUGUUUAAAUUGGAGAAAGACACCCAUGCCCAUGAUGUGUGGAUGUAUAUUUCUGACCAACAGAUUUCUCUUUGGGUUUGCCAGUUGCAAGUUCUGUUCCUUUCAACCUUACUUUUUCUUUGAUCUCUAUAAAACCUCUGAGCAUCCUUGCAUCAACAUGCACCUCCUUCUACCUUUCAUCUUUGGAAUCAUUAUGUACAGACCACUCUGCAGUGAAGCUCUACUUGUGUCUGCAUGGAGGGCAGAUAACUUUUGACCUGCUCCUUGCAGCGUCAAGCUAAGGCUUCACUUUUUCUUCUUGUGUUGUUGACUUUAGGCUGCAGUCUGAUUCAUAGGAAGUACACUGUGAGCGACCAUGUUCCGAAGCAGCCUGAAGAUGUUGCUGGGAAGCAAAAGCCGCAAGAACAACAGUGGUGGUGCCAGCACGGACUCUGGGAGCUCUGAGAUAAGACUGAUAGAGGGAUUCACUCGUUCUCUUCCCUCCUCUCCUCUCCUUAACAUUCGUCUGGCCAAAACAACAACUGGUGAAGAAGAGGAGGCGUUAGGACCGCCUCCCUCAGUAGAUGAGGCAGCUGAUGCUCUAAUGACCAGACUGGGCUUUUUAUUGGGGGAAAAGAUCAUCAGUGGAGAACCUGGCUCAACUAACCAUGGUCAGGUUGAUGGACAGCAGAGAAUCUCUCCUUCCUCCAGCCUGGCCAGCAGCAGCACAUCCCCCUCCUCCACGUUGCCGCCUCCUGCUGGAGUUGAGGGUAACAACAACAACAAGCACACUUCAUCCGUCCAAGCCUCUGUCACUUCCCCUUCAUCAACACUGGAGAGUAGAGAUAGCGGCAUCAUAGCCACAUUGACCAGCUAUUCUGUUGAAUCAGCACCAGAGCAUGAUGACAACACCAAGCAGCCCAGCGACGGUUACCAAGGCAGCAGCCUCAAACUGUGGACGCAAGAGGGAUGGCCCGUGGUGACAUCAACCUCCUCUUCCUGUAUGGUUGCGACAGGAAGCAUGAACGAUGACUUCCCGUACAGGGCAGGGGACAGCAUGGCCUCCACAUACAGUCUCAACAAACUCCACCCAGAAUGGGGACAAGACUCAAAUCGCUUGUCUGGAUCCACCCAUUCCAUCCCGCUCUACCUUACACCCCGCCCAAAUUCAGUUGCUGCCACAAGUUCUGCACAUCUUGAAGACCUGGCCUACCUGGAUGAACAACAAAGGCCCACUCCUUCCAGAUCGUCCCUCAGAAUGCCCAGACAGAAUUCUGGAAGUCGAAGUCAACAGGAGCCGAGAGUUCAGUUCACGCCGUAUCUCAAAUUGAAGCCCCUUCACUUUGAAAUUCCUGGACUGUUGUCUGAUUGGCGAUUCACUGGCAGGGAGUGGCUCUUCAAGGAAGUGGACACCCGUCUGCGCAGUGAUGACCCUGCCGUCAACCGAGGGGUGGUAAUUGUUGGAAACAUGGGCUAUGGCAAGACUGCCAUCAUCGCCCGCUUGGUGGCCCUUAGUUGUCAUGGAAACCGGAUGUGGCCGACUUCCACUGGCAUCCAAACACUGCCAAAAUAUGCUGAAUCUUUCCCCCAUGAUUCACUGGGAAGAGCAGGAGGUGAUGAAGGAGGAGGUAGCUGUCCAGGGACUCCAGAGAUCAGGAGGAGACAGCAGGAGGCGCUGCAGAGGCUCGCAGGACAGGUAGUUUCCUAUCACUUCUGUCAGGCUGAUAACUGCCACACGUGUCUGGUUCCGGAGUUUGUCCACACCAUGGCGGCGAAGCUAACCGAGGCCCCUCAGCUGUCAGCGUAUCGAGAGCUGCUGCAUCGAUCACAGCAGCUUCAGAGCUCACUCAGUCUGCGAUCCUGCAUCCAAGACCCAAGCUCAGCCCUCCAGAAAGGAAUUUUAGAACCACUGGAUGCUCUCUACAAGGAGAAGACACUGCAUGUGGAAGGAACUGGGAUCAUUUUACUGAUUGAUGGUUUAAACGAGGCAGAGUUCCAUCGGCCGGACUAUGGUGACACACUGACGUCCUUCUUGUCACGAAACAUACACAAAUUUCCUCCAUGGUUCAAGAUCAUUGCCACUGUGAGAACCAGUCAACAGGACAUCACUCGGUCUCUACCUUUUUACCGCAUCUCUUUAGACCAGAUGGAGGAAAACAGCGCCAUAGAGCAAGACUUGCAGGGUUACCUGAUGCAACGAAUCCACAGCAGCCCUGAGAUUCAGAGCAACGUGUCACUAAGCAAUGGCCGCCUGGACAACAUGGCAUUGGCCAAGCUGACAAGUCACCUCAAGACCUUAAGCAAAGGCUCGUACCUCUACCUGAAACUAACCAUGGACUUGAUUGAGGGAGGAUACCUGGUCCUUAAGAGCUCCAGCUUUAAGGUGGUUCCUGUAAGCCUCGCCGAGGUCUACCUGCUGCAACUUAACAUGCGGUUUCCCACACAGUCGUCAUUUCUGCGAGUUCUGCCACUGCUCAAUGUAACUGUAGCAUCACUUCACCCACUGACUGACCAACAGCUCUUUGAGGUGGUGAAUGCUGGCACACUAACAGGAGGGGCAAUGCAAUGGCCUGAGUUUGUGCAGCGUCUGGAGCAGCUGUCUCCUUUCCUGUUGCGGCGGACUGAUGGGAGUCGGAUGCUUAACCACACCUCCUUCAGGGAGUGGCUGGUGUGGAGGGAGGAGGGGCAGGAUGACCGGUUUCUGUGCGACCCCAGGAGCGGUCACACUCUGCUGGCAUUCUGGCUCUGCAGACAAAGAGGAAAGUUGAACCGGCAGCAGACACUUGAACUGGGACAUCACAUCUUGAAGGCUCAUAUCUACAAGGGUUUAAGCAAGAAGCUUGGGAUUUCCUCGUCCAUUCUGCAGGGCCUUUGGCUGUCCUACAGCACGGAGAGCUUGAAUGAUGCACUCUCCUCAUUGCGAAACCUUUACACCCCAAACAUCAAGGUUAGCAGAUUGCUGAUUAUGAGCGGGGCUGAUGUGGAUUAUCGCAGUGGAGUUCUGAAUAACGCUCCCCUGCUGUGUGUCCACGCUCACUUGGGCCACGGUGAUGCUGUGGCCCUUUUACUUGACCACGGAGCUCAGGUGGAUGCACAGUCGCAAGAUGGUUUGACCGCACUGGGAUUUGCGGCUUCAGCUGGACAUCUGGAUGUUAUCACCCUGCUGAGUCAGCACAAAGCCAAGGUGGGUCAUGUGGACAGCUCAGGCCGGUGUGUGUUGGUGCAUGCAGCUCAACGGGGCCAUCUCCAGGUGCUACGCUUCCUGCUGAAGCUUGCUGACUGGAGCUGCAAUACCUGCUGUGGCCACAGGGGGGUGAGCAGGAGCCAGGCGGUGCAGCAGGCACUGAUUGCAGCAGCCAGCAUGGGCCAUUCAGAGAUUGUGUCUCAUCUCCUGGAUCCACCAGAUGAAGACAAUAAAGAGGAGGAAAGACCAGAAAUCAACACACCUGAUAGUCUAUGGGGAGAGACAGCCUUGACAGCAGCAGCAGGAGGCGGCAGGUUGUCAGUCUGCACCCGGCUGUUGGAUCAAGGUGCUGCUCUCCAGCAAAGCAGCAGACAGGGGGUCGUGCCACUCUUCUGUGCAGUUCGGGGAGGCCACUGGCAGGUGGUGGAACUGUUAUUGAAUCAUGGAGCAGAGGUCAACAUGAUGGACCAGCAGGGUCGAACCGCCUUGAUGACAGCUGCAUCAGAGGGUCACAUGACCACAGCCAAAUUGCUGCUGGAUCAUGGGGCCUCUCUGGAUCAGGCUGACAGGGAAGGUUUAACAGCGCUGAGUUGGGCCUGUCUGAAAGGUCAGCUCCAAUUGGUCAGAGAGCUGGUGGAGAGAGGCGCAGCAACGACACACACUGACCGCAGUGGGCGUACGCCUUUGGAUCUGGCUGCCUUUCGUGGCGACCCUGAAGUGGUGCAGCAUCUGGUGGAUCACGGUGCAUCCGUGGAACACACUGAUUCCAGUGGCAUGCGUCCACUGGACCGAGCAGUCGGUUGCAGAAACACCUCAGCGGUUAUCGCUCUGCUCAAAAAGGGAGCUAAGAUAGGACCAGCAACCUGGGCUAUGGCUACGUCUAAACCAGACAUUUUAAUGGUGCUCAUUAGUAAACUGGUUCAAGAGGGGGACAAACUAUACAAGCAAGGCAAAGUGAGGGAAGCUGCUCAUUCCUAUCAGUCUGCGCUACAGAAGUUUCCGGGGGACGAGAUGAAGACCUUCAGACAGCUGAGAGUGUGUGUGCUCCUCAACCUGUCACGUUGUCGCCGCAAGAUGAAUGAUUUCGGCCUCGCUGAGGAGUUUGCGACCAAGGCUCUCGAACUGAAAGCCAAAUCUUACGAGGCCUUCUAUGCCCGAGCUCGAGCUAAACGCAGUCGCAGGCAGUUUCAUGCGGCCCUUGAAGAUCUGUUGGAAGCCAGCCGCUUGUGUCCAUCCAACCGAGAGAUUCAACGCCUGCUCUCUCGGGUCAAGGAAGAGUGUCGACAACAAGACUCUUCCACUCCCUCAACACAACACGUUUGUCAAAAAAACUUCUCCACUCACGAUGCCAGGGGCCGAGAUCCUGAUUACCUGCAGGUGCAUCCCACUGAGGAGACUACACAGGAAGACGACACUGAAGAUAAUCGGAAUCAGUGGAAAGGGAACGUUUCUGUUCCAAUGAUUCAAAGUCUUAACAUCUAUGGUUGUCCAGGAGGGCAGCUACCUUCCUCCAUCUCCCCAACUCAUUUGUUUCAUGUCCAAUCCAGUCCGACCAAUUCCCCCUCUCACUCUGCACCUUCCUACCACUGCUUCAGCCCUCCAACUUCUCCACGGCAACAUCAGCAGCCAACCAGCCCAAUGUUGGAACAGUCCAGUCUGCAAGAUGCGCAAAUACUGUUAUCUGCUCAACACCCAGACCAGAACCAGGUAGUACAACAGUAUCACCAUCAGGCGAAUUCAAGAUCCUUUCAGAAUCAAAAGCCUGUUCAAAACCAGUGGCUCCAGCAAGCCAAAGUCCAGUUAGUCAGAACAAGCCAACCCAGUUCAGCGAUUCAUUCCAGUGUGGUUUUGGGGAGUUCAGGCUACUCUCAGUUUGCCCAGCUGCCACAAGAACUGGCUGAACUGGGGGACAGUAUUUGCCCAAGCCCCUUUGAUAUGCAACCGAGUCAGCAGGCCCACGCAGGACGGGGAUCUGCAGCGUCAUAUAAACAAGACAAUGUGGAUGUUGACCUGGUUUGCCAGUCAAGACCUGCACCUGUGUACGGAAGAGGAGGGGAUAGGGAUAGGGAUAGGGUAGGGAUGAGUCAUUUUGGACAGGGCCGUCAGUUCAGCCGCAACCAAUCCAAAGCUGCCUAUUACCCCAUGGAAGUAACUGAAGUCGCAAAAGGCCCACAAGAUGAACACCAGUACCUCCACCAGGGUGGACUACGACGUCCACUUAGUGCGCACCCAGCCUCCCCUGCCUUUCCCCAAAGGCAUGCCCAGCACUCCCAGAACCCUAAUAGCCGUUUCCCCACAAGCAGCAGCAGCCUCGCUAGCGGGCAGCAGACUAAUCGAGGAGCACCUUUCAUGACCUCAGCCUCCACCCAGUACAUGGACUUACCUUCUCAACCUUCCGCAGGAGAGGUGAUUGGUCAUCGUGACGAUCUCAUGCUGAUCUCUUCUACACAGGCAGACACUUGCCUGGUCGGGGGGGGCACUUAUCCCGGAGAGGCCGGCCGUUCAAGGAACAUUCCUUACAUGGGUCUUAAUGACAAGUUUGUGAGGGCACAGCAACAAGGUCCUCCUACUUCCUCAUCCAUCCUCAGCCCCUCUCGAUCCUGGGCCGUGUCUUCGGUGGACACCAUCGUCACAUCGCCUGUUAAAAACCCCACCAAACAGGCAGAUUUGAACCAAUCCCAACCGCCCUUCUCUAUCGCCUACCACAACCGCAGCAACAACAACGGCCAUUAUGACAACCAGCUGCCCUACUACGACAUGAUACCAAGCCACAGUCCCCAGGAUCCAAGCCCCGUUCAGGUUGGUGGUCAGAAGUUCCCUUACCUUGACGUCAAGCUCGCUCGAACACUGCCAGUGAACAGAAAGGCAUGUCCGACCUCUCCUGUUAAAGCCAAAAGACCCUUUGUUGAGUCAAAUGUAUAAAGAAAUAGAGAAAGGGAAAAACCUUGAAACCGAAUUUGUGUAAAGUGUAAGUGUGUGUACUCACACUAGGCCAUACGCAAGACCUAAAAUCUGGCUAGUGUGAGCACUCUGAUCCGUGCUCAGGUUCGAUACACUUCCUGUCUUGCGGGGCACAAACAGAAGAGGCGGGCCAGGGCACGGCAUAAUUGGUCAUGCACAGGUAAUGGAAUGUGAGGAGUGAUGGCACGGCAACAUUUCAUAGUAGAAAUAAAUCAAAAGACUCUAAAUGUCUCGGCCCUCGACAUAUUGGCAAAUUUAAACUGAGUUCAUAAUCAUUGGAUAUCACACCUACAGUGUAACACACAGCUAAGAUUUUUUGUUAUUGGAUUUUUUUUUUUGCAUUUUUGGGGGGAAACGAGUUAGGACACCCCAGCUCUAAAUAGUCCACCAAUAGUCAUGAUGUAAUUUCAUUAAUUUUUGCCACCAUGCAGGGUAGAAAUAAAUAAAGACUACAGAAAGUUAAAAAAAACUGCAGUAAUGGAACGGUGUAAAAGUAGUGGCACUAGCAAAUUUCAUUCUUUCUUUUUUUUGCCAACAAGUUGAAAAAAAAUGAAAAUUUAAGGAAAGGUAGUGGUAAGCAGAAGCAGUCAUGUAUGCAACUAUUGUACAUUUUAUUUUAAAAAAGGUUUGGUUACAAAAACAUUUGCUUGUCAUAGUGUGUAUUGUGUAAGAAGUGAAGAAAAAUUGCAGUACUGUGCAAUUUUGUUUUGCAUUGAGCAAGAAAGAGCAACAGCUAUGUGUGUUAUGAUUGCAUGAAUGGUUUUAAUGACGUUCUGCACAUGCAUUCAGAAUGUUACUGUCACUCCUGUGAAGCUCAAGUGUUGUGUUGAGUGGAGAGUGUGGAAUGCUUCACUGGUAGCAUCUAUGUUCAAUAUCAGUCUGGAAGUCAGUGUGAGAUUUAUUGAGACCUGUUCUUUUCAGAGGCUACAUCAAAAAUAAAUGUUUGGGGAGCUUGAGCCUAAUACAGCGAGGUGGGGUACACCCUGGACUGGUUAACAGCCAAUCACAGGACACGUGUAGACACGCAAGCAUUCGCUCACAUGGACAAUUUGUGUGGGAGGAAGCUGGGGGACCUGGAGAAAACCAAACCUGGAGAAAUGUUCUAAUUGGUAUAUGAACCAAGGUUAGGGAUGGGGUUUUAGGUGUUACAAUUAGGGUCAGGAUUAGGGAUAAGAGUUACCGAUAGGAUUUUAAGGUUUUACGGUUAGGGGUAGGGAUAAGGGUUAGGACUAGGGAUUAGGGAUAGGGUUAUAGGUUUUAUGGUUAGGGUUAGGAUUACGGAUUUUUGAUUUAACAGUUGGGUUUAGGACUAGGGAUAAGAGUUAGGAUCAGGGAUAGGGUUGUAGGUUUUACGGUUAGGCACAACAGUUAGGAUUAGUGUUAGGGUUAUAAGUUUUAUGGUUAGGAUUAGGGAUACGUUUUUAGAUUUAACAGUUAGGUUUAGGACUAGGGAUAAGAGUUGGGAAUUGGGAUAGGGCUGUAGGUUUUACGGUUAGGCACAACAGUUAGGAUUAGUGCUAGGGUUACAGAUUUUAUGUUUACAGUUAGGAUUAGGGAUAAGUGUUAAGAUUAAGUAUGGGUUUUAGGCUUUACCGUUAGGGUUAAGAGUUAGGGAUAGGGUUUAAGUUUUUAGGGUUAUUAAGAAUUAGGAUGAUGGGAUGGGUUUUAGCUUUGACGGUUAGAAUUAAGGAUAUGGAUAGGGUUUUAGGUUUUUCAGUUAGGGUUAGGGAUAAGAGUUGGGUUUGAAAUAAGAGUUAGGCAUAUGGUUUUAGACUUUAUGGUUAGGGUCAGGAUUAGGGAUAUGAGUUCGGGUUUCAGGUUUUAAGGAUUAAGGAUAGGGUUUUUUAUAGUUAAGUUUCGGAUUAGGAGUAGGACUUUAGGUUUUACAGUUAGGGAUAAGAGUUAGGAAUAGGGUUUUAGGUAUUCCGGUUAGGGUUAAGAUUAGGCAUAAGAGUUAGGAUUAGGGAUAUGCAGUCAGCUAGUAAUAAUUUCAGGAUAUCAAACACUUAGUAUGUGGACAAAAGCAACAAGUUGUGGUUUUCUCUGUGGAGCACCCACCCACUCGCCCUCAGUGUUGCCAACUCCUCAGUAAGGACAGUAGCUAUUGGCUGUCCUGAAAGUCACUCGAAGUUGCUACAUGACGUCCGUCUGAUUUACAUAAUUGGCCAUUAUGUGUGUUUACCCAACUUGUUCAGAGGGCGUACAACCCACCUUUGCAAGCACCUUCUGUAAUUUUGGAUCAACAUUUGCAUUAAAAAUGACUGUUGUAACCCAACUCCAACUCCUAAGUCGCUAAAUUGGGUUAGGGUUAGGGGUUAGCAUUAGCUCACUCCACCCGUCUCACGGUCUCUCCAUGCUAGUACCCAUCUGUGAGUUUGACACUUGUGGCCUAGUCUGAGUAUGCCCUUAAAUCCUGCCAACAUUCCAGUGGUGAAUGUCAAUAGGAAGUCCAUUUUACAAGUGUUGUUCAUUCCCCAGAAGACAAAAGGUUAACAUCUGGUCAGCUGGUAACGUGCUACAAGCUAAGGACAUAAAGUAACCUGGUGAAAGACCAAAGGGCUUACGUUGUUUGUACAAGCACAAGUAGCAAGAAAUGGAAUUCUUUCCUAUGUUCUGCCGUCCCUUGACUGCUUUGCAGUACUUUUGUACAGUAAAUGGAUGCAGAUGAUGACUCAGCAGUAGCUAUAUUCAUUGAAGAGCAGCACAAAGCACUUAUCUGCUCGCCGUUGAAACCUGAAGAAACCACUAGAAGAUACCCGCAACCCCAAGCCAUAGUUUUGACAAACAUGGGCAUCACCUGACUUACUGUACAAAAAAAAUAGUAUUUAAGUUAUGUUUGUCUUAAAAUGUGUACAUUUUGUUAUGUUUUCAACUGUUUUUGUAUUUUGCUUUUACAUCUGUUGUCAUUCAGAAUGGCUUAUUUGAAAGGAUACAAAUUAAAAAUGUAAGAUGUA